GUCGCACUGUCGGGGCCCCGAGUUGGCGCGACGCGCGUCCUGUAUUCGUAAUUUUCAAUAAAAAAAUCCGCCGAGUCGAGCCCCCACCGAUCAAACAAAUCCCCAAAUAACGAGUGGACCCUCACCAACUGAUUAAUAAUCGCCCGAUCAAUCGAUUAACCAGUGGAGUAAAUAAAAAAAACAUCGGAACGAGUGCAGGAUAGUUUCAUUGAGGAUUUGAGGAUUAGCCACUGAGGCACAUCCAGGAUGGCGGUGUUCGGUCUUGUCUCGGCAGUGGCCGGUUUCGUGAAAGUGAGGUAUCUCAUAGACAAGGCCAUUAUCGAUAAUAUAGUCUUCAGGGCGCACUACAGAAUUACAUCGGCCAUUCUGUUCGCCUGUUGCAUCAUCGUUACUGCCAACAACUUGAUUGGCGAACCAAUAAAUUGCAUAGCCGACUCUUCCCUCGAAGCUCACGUGAUAAACACCUUCUGUUGGGUAACCUACACCUACACCCUUCCCGCAAAUCAGAUGAAGCAAAUUGGAACCCAAGUGGCCCAUCCAGGACUGGGCACUGACAUUGGCGAGAAGAGAUACCACUCGUAUUACCAGUGGGUUCCGUUCAUGCUGUUCUUCCAGGGGCUCUUGUUCUACGUUCCCCACUGGAUGUGGAAACAGUGGGAGGAGGGCAAAGUCAGGAUGAUCUCCGAGGGCAUGCGAGGGGCCAUGGUCGAGUCCAAGCAGGAGAGGCAGGCCAGGGCCUCCAAGCUUGUUCAGUACAUUAUGGAGACUCUUCAUUUGCAUAACAGUUAUGCUGCUGGCUACUUCUUCUGCGAAGCUCUCAACUUUAUCAAUGUUGUUGGAAAUAUUUUCUUCGUCGAUACUUUCCUCGGUGGAGCAUUCUUGACUUAUGGAAGUGAAGUUAUCAAAUUCAGCAACAUGAAUCAAGAGCAGAGAAGUGAUCCAAUGGUGGAGAUUUUUCCCAGAAUUACAAAGUGCACAUUCCACAAAUUUGGUGCAUCUGGAACAAUUCAGAAACUCGAUGCUCUUUGUGUGCUCGCAUUGAAUAUUCUCAAUGAGAAGAUAUUUAUUUUCCUGUGGUUCUGGUUCAUCAUACUUGCGGCUAUGUCGGGUCUGGCAUUGCUCUACAGUAUAGCUGUUGUUCUAUUACCAAGCACGAGGGAGACUAUUCUCAAGAAGAGAUUCAAGUUCAGCACGUCAUCCGGGGCCAGUGCACUCGUCAGAGAGACCCAGGUCGGCGAUUUUCUCCUUCUCCACCUCCUAGGCCAAAACCUGAACAUGAUGCUGUUCAGCGAGGUACUGGAAGAGUUAUGCCGUCGUCUUCACGUCGGUUCAAGCAGUGGUGCAUCCCCAGCGUCAGUUCCAUCAGCCCCAAGCACCCUCGAGAUGUCACCGAUCUACCCGGAGAUCGAGAAGUACUCGAAAGACACAGAAAUCUAAACUCUCAUCAGCCCUCCCACCCCUCCUUCCUCCCCCCGCCCCCACAAUUACCCACCCCUUAUUUGUGAUAAACACGUUAGGGUGCCUUCGAAUGCAAUGAGGUUGCGCUAUCAACGUGAGUUCAAUCAAUCAUUAAUCAUUACCCCCCCUGAUGAGAUUAAACGCUCAGUUCCUAGCGUAACCGAGAGUAUCUGAAACUCUUUUUUAUCCUUCUUCAUUAAUUACUAGACUUGCCAGGCCUAGAAAUUUCAACGGCAAGAUUCACACUUUUUUCUACGAUUUUUUGUGUUCUCAAUGUUUUUUUUCCUGGUUACAUCAACUGGUGCAAUGUUCGAAUGAUUUAAUAAAGUACGUGAAAUGGAAAACACGUGAGAAUUUUCUACGUAAAUAAAAUAAAAGUGAAGUGAAAUUUAUUGUGGAGGGGAUACGGUCGAUUCGCUUUGGAUCAGUGGGCUGUGACUCAAUCGAUUCCUCAUGCAAAGCGAACUACUAAAUCCGAUAAAAACAUUGGAAAUAACUGAAAAAAAAACUGAAAUUGGGGCUUUGCGUGAAAUUUUAUUAUUCUUGAAAAUAAGAAUUGAAUAAAUAUUGGACGUAUUGUAUCUAGAGACGCAAAUGCGUCUUAUGAUCCCUCAUAUGUCGAGGCAUUUAUGACAGUUGUAACAAUUCCAAAAAGAUGACAGUCAUUUUUCAUCUAUGUAGAUGCAACUUCAUUUUUGCUUUAUCAAUUUUUAUUUGAAUUCAUUUUGUAUUAGACUAAUGUGCAUUCUGAAACGAAAGUCACGCUCAUUUCUCAUCUUUACAGAUGAACCCAUUCUUUUAAAUUCCACGACAUAUUCUCGUAAAUAACGGACGAUUAAGAAGUUAUUGAGAAUUGAAAAUGUCAGCAUUGUGACGUCAUAAUGCAGUUUUUUCCCCCUGGGCAUGACUGGUAGAUGUGUUACGAUAUUAACCCUAGUCUGGUCACCUGACGGGAAAAUGCGACUUUAGUCACCUCGCGAGAGAGUGCCG